AUGGCGCAACCCAAAGCAGAAAUUACAGUUGUCCCCGCCGACGAAAAUGACAGUCUGGUUCUCGCACAGAUAGAAUCCAUGGCCUUUGAUGGCCCAUCUCCUUAUGCGCUCAGCAGAACAAACACUCCCGGCCUCAACGAGACCAAAUCAGGCAAAGGACAAGAACAACCCCUGUCCCAAGGCAGGUUAAUGUUCGGUGUCCCCAGUGCAGAAGGAUACGCCAUCCGCGCUCGGGCCAUAAACGAGCGUUUGAAGACUAAUCCCGAUUAUCAUAUCUACAAAGCCAUCCUGAAAGAAAAUGAUGGAACCGAGAAAAUAGUUGGGUUUGCCGCGUGGAGGUUUUGCGCCGAUGCCCCGUUUCCAGUCGAGGAUACUUGGAAGGAUUUGCCGUGGGAAGGGUGUGCGAAUCCAACGGCAUGUAAUGAUUUCUUUGGCGGGUUGGCGAGGUUGAGGACAAAGUAUCUUGGUGGGAAGAAAGUUGCUUUACUAGAAACCCUAACAAUCGAUCCAUCAGCCCAAGGUCUAGGUAUAGGCUCCAAGAUGCUGGACGAGGGGCUUGAGGAAGCUAGAAAAUUGGGGCUGACGGAGUCCUGGUUGGAGGCUUCGGAUGCUGGACAUGGGUUGUAUUGGAAAUAUGGCUGGAGAGAUAUUGAGGUUUUUACUACUGAUUUUGCAAAGUAUGGUGCCGAGGGGAGUGCGAAGGUUACUGUUAUGAAGAGGGAGGGUGCUUGA